AUGACGGCCUCGGUGCUCGGCUUCACUGAGAUGAUGGCUCUCAUAUGGAUCUUGUGGGCGGCUGCCCUGGGGAUGACCAUCUUUCGGGGCAGCUUCCAAUGGAUCCUCCAACGGCGCCUGUAUGCGGACGACUACCUCAUCAUCGCAGGUCUCGCCACGUUGACGGCCUUGUCGGCUGUUAUCACGGCCAUGCUGCCGCAAUUCUAUCUCACCGGCGCGUACACCAAGGCCGCCGCCAAGGAUCCCCUGGCGCCCCUGCCUUUGGCGGCCGACGAGUUCACCGCAAGGACGAUUGCAUCCCUCAAAUUGAUGUUCUCGCAGAUGCUACUGUUCUGGACAACACUCUGGGCGGCAAAGUUCUCCAUCCUCUUCUUCGUUAGGCGGCUUGUCAAUGGGCUGCCGGGAUACAUCCGCGCGUGGUGGGUGUGUUUUGUCGCGGUCCUGUUGCUGUACUUGGCCUGCAUGUUCUCAAACUUUUUGACAUGCAUGCCGUUGACCAAGUACUGGAGUGCAAUCAUGAUUCUGCCCCUCAACCUGCUACGGAAGCUCACCACCUCACGAUCCCACAAACUCGGCCUCGUCGUCCUCUUCUCCCUCGGCGGCAUCAUCAUUGCAUUCGCCAUCGCACGUCUCGCACAAGUGACGAAAGCCACGGGCGACGCGGCCAAGGAUCCCACGACCGUCGCCAACGGGCCAGUGCUCCUCAGCAUGUGGAGCCACAUCGAGUCCUCGGUCAGCAUCAUCGUCGCGACGCUGCCGGCCUUUCGCUUCCUCCUGAGUAAGAACAGGAACAUGACGAGGAAGACAACGAAAAAGUACGUGGGCCCGACGAUUGGCGGGUCUGGGAUGUCUCUGCGGUCGAGGAAAUGGCAGAAAGGCGCGGUGCGGUUGGAAGGCGGAGACAGCGAUGGGCACGGUUCCAUGCAGGGCAGCCAGACGGAGCUGAGGCCGGUCAGAGGGAUCCAAAAGGAAGUCGAGUACAAUGUUGAGGAGUUUCAGGGAGGGUUGGCGCCGGGAGAAACGAAGCGCAGGUCGCAAGAGUCGUUUGCAUGA